CGCGCUCCAGCUCCGCAGCACUCACACGGUAGAAGAAGAGUCCGCUGCAGCAGCCAGGCAGCAUCAUGCCGACAGCUGUGAUCAUGGAGGAGAGUUAUGAUAAAGUAUUAGAACAGUGUGAAGCUCAGGAAGUCGAGGCUCCAGGAGGCAUCGCAACCCCCCAAGUCUACGCCCAGCUGCUGUCCCUCUAUUUACUACACAAUGACAUGAACAACGCCAGGUAUCUAUGGAAGAGGGUUCCCCAAGCGAUUAAAUUGGCAAACCCAGAAUUAGCAGCUAUUUGGGCCGUUGGCCAACGCAUUUGGCAGCGGGACUUUCCAGAGAUCUACACGGCCAUCGCAGCCUUCCAGUGGACGGAGAAUAUCCUCCCGGUCAUGGAGGCCCUUCGAGAGAGCACACGGCAGAGGGCGUACAGCCUCGUGGCCCAGGCCUACACGUCCAUCACAGCCGAGGACUUUGCUGCCUGCGUGGGCUACACGGUGGAGGAGGCGGUGAAGGGUGUGGUGAGUCAAGGCUGGCAGGCGGACCCCACUACCAGGAUGGUGAUGCCCAAAAAGCCCGGUAGGUGGCGGUGUUGCUCUGUUGAAUUGUGUCCAUCACGGUUCUGUUGCCCAAACGGUUUUAUCUUCAUGAGGAAUCCUGCACAAUUUAUUAAGACACGUGGAUUUAAGAGUCUCUUUCAAUCCCAUAGGAAGAGAUGUUCCUUUUCCGAGAAACUGAGGAACUCAAGUUUUAGAUUUAGACUAAAUCUCCCUCGUACAAUGUCCAUAUUUUCACAUUUCUCUUCACCUGCCUUCCUUUAUUUCUUUUGACUUGUGUCUCGUGUGUCCUCAACUUAAAAGGUCACAGAUUGCUUCAUCUUCUCAGAUAGAACGUAGUGAUUUAGUGCAAACAGAGGAGGAGAUGGCGGUCUGUCUUUCCCUCUGUAAUCUUAAAACCUCCCUGCCGACGCAUCUGCUUAGCACAUGUCCUCAGAACGCCGACCCGCUCUCCAUUAGUCCCCACAUGUCUGGAUCCCACUCCCUCUCCUCUCCAGCGCCACUGGGACUUUAGAGCACGGGGUGAUUAUGGUUGGAGAACGGAUCUCACCCUGGAAUUCUUCUUGGUUUGGUUAAAUAUAAAUGACAUAACGUUACACAGUGAUAUAAUGUUGGGAGAGUGUGGAGGGCAGGUAGCUCGUGUCCAGAUGGAUCUGAAACCCGAGUCUGAGCUGCAGCACGUGGACCGGAGAGUUGGAAGCAGAGAGGUGUAAGACGAUCGAUAGCUCUUGGCACAAUGAGGAAUCCCCCGUCUGACUUCACUUCU